AUGGCUGAGGUGCUGGAUGGCUUCUUUCUGAAAAAACUGGACGUGACCCUUAACAGUCUCAACAAAGUCAUUGAAGAUGCUGAGGAGGGGCAAUACAGAGACCCUUAUGUGAAGCGCUGGCUUGAUGAGCUCAGAGAUGCUGUGUUCCAGGCUGAGGAUCUGCUGCUUGAGAUUGCAACCGAGGCCUCUCGACGCAAGCUCCAACUUGAACUUCAUCCCACCACAGGUAAACUACGCAACCACUUGACUUCCGUUGUGAAAUCUUUUGAAAAGGAAAUCGGAACAAGGGUCCAGAAACUUGUAGAGUACCUAGAUUUCUUAGAAAAUCAGAGGAAGCAGCUGAGGUUGAAGGAUGGCUCUGGCAUACUCACUCAAGGGGGAGUGAAUAGGAGAGUUUUCAAGAGAUAUCCAGAAUCAUGUUUGAUCAAUGAAGCUGAUAUAUUUGGUAGAGGUCCCGAUAAAGAGAAACUAAUCAAGAUUUUAAUACCACCCAACAAGGGUAGGAAUCCAUCCCCAGAAGAUGUGAUUGCCAUCGCAAGUAUGGGUGGGAUGGGUAAGACAACUCUUGCGCGGCUUGUUUACGAAGACAAAAGGAUAACAGAAGAAUUUCAACACAAAGCUUGGGUAUGCAUUUCCGAAGAGUUUGAUCCUGUUCAAGCUACAAAAGCGAUUCUUAAAUCACUUGAUGGUAAAAUUGAACUUGAACAAUCAGAUGAUUUAGAUCCACAUCAGUGUCAACUAAAGGACAAGUUGAAGGAUAAGAAAUUCUUCUUGGUUCUUGAUGAUGUAUGGAAUCGGGAUCAUACCAUCUGGGACUCCUUUCGAAUUCCUUUCAACUGUGGAGCUCCAGGAAAACUUGAAUCAAUUGGUAGAACAAUUGUUGGCAAGUGUGGAGGGUUGCCUUUGGCAAUAAAAACAUUGGGAAGUUUGCUGGGCACAAAACCAGCUCGUCAAUAUUGGGGUGAAAUUUUGAAGAGUGAUAUUUGGUCCUUAUCAGAGGACGAGAGCAAGAUAAUCCCAUCUUUAAGGCUGAGCUACCAUUAUUUACCUUCUAAUCUCAAGCGUUGCUUUGUAUUUUGUUCCAUCUUUCCAAAAGAUUACUUGAUAGAGAAGGAUGUUCUUAUCCAGUUGUGGAAGGCUGAAGGUUUGUUACAUUCUACUCACACAAGUAAGAACUUUGAAGAAGUGGGCAACGAAAUCUUCAAUGACCUACAAUCCAGGUCAUUUUUUGAACCAUCAAAAAAGAAUGGCAAUUACUUCAUGAUGCAUGAUCUUUUGAACGAUUUAGCAAAGUCUGUGAUGGGAGAGUUUUGUGUUCAGCAAGAGCUACCUUCUCUGGAGAAACUUGAGAUUACAGAAUUGCAUGGAAUAAAGGUGAUAGGGGAAGAGUUUAUGAGAAUGGCUCCUCCAAUGCUCCAUUUCGUUGCCUUUCAUAUUUAA